CACACCACAGUACCUCCGCACGAUUUAGCAUUGGCUUUGCUGCCACGUGUAUUUGUUUUUCAGCGGCCGCAUUUUACCCUUCCCGUGAACGGCCGUCCGCGAGUUGGUAUGACCGCUAUGGAGAAUCUAGAGAUAAAAUACUCCUUUCCUAGUCGAGCUUGGAGCUUCUUUUCUUCAUGCUUCCGAGUCUUGUCGUGCCGAUACGGUUCGCACAGCUCUCGCUUACAGUACCUCCUCAGUGCACACAACAGAACGCUUCACGCGUUAUCUCUCUGGACUUGGCGAUACUCCCAGCGGCAAUACCCCCGGCGAUACUCCCCACAUCCCAGGACUCCCGGCAGAACCUUAAAAGGAUUCGCCUCCCGCUUGACUCAAGGAGUCCAUUCUAGAACCGCGAUUUACGAUUAUAUUUUACCUUUCGGCAGGCGAACUACUCCUUCUGGCCUCAGGCUAUAAUUGUUUCCGGCGGGAACCUCGGAGUUUUAACUCGCCAGUUCCGAUUCGAAACCAUUUCAUCUGUAACACGCCCUGCGUGUCGUUCCCAGCCGCCGCUGGGGCCGGCGUCGUCGGCGAUGGAAGCGAACGUGCAUGAUAUGAUCGCGCGCGCUGACGCCAAAGCCACGUCCGGAUCGCCACCUCGGGACACGCUCACGCCAUUCAUGGCGCCUUCUGGGGGAGCGCCGGCGUCGUCAGCGAUGGAGGAAAACAUGCAGGAUAUCGUGCGCGCCGACGGGUACCUGUGGCUCAAGUACGGGCAGAAGAACAUGCACAACAGCCACACCAUACGGUGCUACUACAAGUGCUACUGCUCCAAGAGCAAGCCCGCCUGCCCGGCCAAGAAGACAGUCGACUACGACCGCCGCCUUCCCAUCUCAACUUCCACCACACGAACCAACUACCCCAACCGCUCUCACAACCACCCGACUCCUCUCAACCGCUCUGGCGAUAACAACAUCGUGCAGGGCUGCUCCCUCAACGCCGCGGAGUCGAGCUCGUGGAGCCUUGGCGGUAUGAGCAGCAUCAACAGCAUCACGCUGGCCUCGCUCCCUAGCGACGAUCGCUCCCCUGCUGAAUCCGCUUCGAAUGGAGGCGCUGCUACUCACGCUUCUCAAGCUAUUCGCACCCGUACCAAUCUGGGAUCGGAUGCGGCUGCUGCUGCUGCUGCUCCUGCUGCUGCUGCCGCUCCUGCUGCUGCUGCUGCUGCUGCUGCCACGUCGGGUACAAAUCUCCUGCCGCAGAGCAGUGGGGAGUCGGCUGCCGCCCUGCCAGACGCUCCUGCCGUUUCAUCCCUCCUCUUCAGCUCCUACGAAGCGCUUAUGGCCGAAGGUGGGAAAUUCGGCCAACUUCUGGAUGCAGGCUGGCCGCACGCAAAGAGGGUCUGUCUGACGCCCACUGAAGAGGCAACGCCCUCUGCAGGCUGUUCCCCCCCCAGCAUGGGGUUUUUUGAGGCAGUGCCUGCAGAUUUGGAGCAGCUGUGCGGUGCUGACUUUUGCAUCCCUGAGCCUGCUGGAAUUGCUGCUGUUGGGGACUUUCUUCCGGCUUUUCCGCCUGGCCUUACGAAUGCCGAUUCCUCAUUCCAGGAUCUUCUUCUUGAGGAGGCGCCUUGGCUGGAAGCAGGGAAUGGGAGCCAGUCCUGGGGUUCCUCAGGGGAGUGUGGCAGUCUGGAUGGCCAAGGGUCUCACAGAGGGUAUUUUCCACUGAAACGAGUUGCGUCGUGCCUGUGGGAUGAUGUCGCUGCGGGGGAAUUCCUUGAUGGGACUGUGAAGACUGCAGCUGGCAGAAGUCUCAGUUGUUUUUCGUUCAGGGAGCACGGUGACAAGCAUGAUAGCGGGCCAAGGUCGAGGCCUGGUAGUGUGCACAGCGUUUUCAGUUUCCUGGGCGGGAGUGACUCCCUUAGCGUUUUCGACCUGAUUGUUCGUUAGCACUCAUUGUGCUCGUGAAAAUUUGGGGUGGUAAGAGUAGAGUUUGAUGUAAGUAAUGGAAGGAAAGUCUCUUGCAUUUGUCCGUUUUCAAUUUGUUGGACCUCAUGGCAUUCCUAUUG